UCCUAAGUUUUUCUAUUUCAUGAUUGAUUCUUUUUCUGGAAAAACUUCUACCGGUAUAAUUGAUUUCAGUGAUAUGUUGCCGAGUUGGCAAUCUUCAAUAGUUUAUAUUAAUUGUAUUGAUUGA